AUGCUUGUAAUGAAUGUCAUGCAGCUAAGGUUAGAUGCAGCGGAGAACGUACAGGAUGCCGACGGUGUGUAUACAACCAACAAAAAUGCACCUAUAGUAUCUCCAUGGUGGGAAAGAUCCUGUAAUCAGCCAUCAACUAUUUACACUUCAACAGAGAUGAUAUCCGUGGCAAGCGCGGACGUCAUACAUAAUGAGGCCAACGGCAAUAAUCUGAACAGCAAGCAAAACGGUAUACCUGUGGAGAGUAGUGAGGGCAUAACUUCUUCACCUGCGCAUUGCAGCAUUCUUCCGGGGGAAAACAACGACAAAGUCACCUCAAGCUCGGCACUAGAGAAUUUCUCAACGAGUUUGGAAAGCAUAGAUACAUCAUCCCUGGAGACUCUAAUGAUUGAAUACGAAUUCUCAUGGGAUUUCAGUUCUGACGAAAGAGCUGAUGCCCUCAAUUUGUUUGCGCUCGAGAACCCCUCGUAUGUAGAUAGCAUGAGGAAUGGGGAAUAUGGAGACUUCGAAUUUGACUUUUCAAUUCAUGAACUUCCUACGACUACCAGCUCGCAAACUGCUGGUCCAAUACCGAUUUCACCAAUUCCUACAUUCCAUCCUCGGAAAAGGACUCAUUCAGACUCGUCAGAAAAACAAGCUCAACACGCUCAAGAUGAUUUGCGAUGGAGAUCUCAAUCUCAAUCAUAUACGCAUCCAACAAUUUCAACACACCAUCAUAAUCAUGGCUUCUCCUGUGAGAUGUAUGAGUAUCCGGAGAGUAGUGCUUUCUUCGAUGCAGAUUGUGGUUUUGAUCGAGGUUUCACGUCCCACUCAACGAAUGCAAAUCACCAAAGCAUGAAUCGAAUGCCACAGACUACACACAACAACAAAAUCUCAUUUACAGCUCAAUCUCAUUACAUGGCCUGUCCUAUACUUUCUCCGGUCACACAAUAUGAAGAUUCUUGGCGCCUCACAUCAAAAUGCUUCGUUAUAAUCAGCAAACUCCAGAAAUUACUUCGAGAUCCAUCUUCUCUAUCUCUCGAUGUAAUCCUUGCUACCAACAAAAGUGCAGUAUCUGAGCUGGCUCAAAUGUUUGACAGUACACUGUCUUCAAACACAGCAAGAAGUACAAGCCCGGAAGACUUUUUCUCUAUUCAUUCUGGGAUCCAAUCCAGUAGUAGCUAUAGUUCGUCACAACUGAUAGAGUUCACCCCUUUAAUGAUUUCUGUGAUUGCGUUAAAACAUAUCCACGAUCUCUACUCGCAAGCUUGCUUCAUAUUUACUCUAGACGACCCUCGAAGACGCUCGCCCUCCGCUCCAUCACCUCGAAACACUCCCUCCAUCUCCAGUUCCCCAUCCGCAAUUUUUUUCGGGCUUCCACAACUCGAUUUUGGCACAUUCAAAAUCGACAUUGCUAAUCAAAAAAGACUAUUCUCAGAGAUUAUAGCAAGGGAGCUUGGAAAUUGCCUGAGUGCUUGUACGAGACUAAGGAGUUGUUUCUUGAUGCAAGCCCGGUAA